AUGGAUAGCCAUUUUAGGGGUGAAACACACUUCCAUUGGGCACGUAUUGACUCAUGUGGAGGGUGUGGAGUUUUAAAGUUGUACACGUAUUAUCUUAAUAAAGACAAGGAACAAUCAGUCAAUCAGACAUGGCCACCGAUGAUGGCUUCUCAAACCAAUGCAAAUGAAAUACCCACGUGA